UGUUCAGAAGUAUUUCUGAAUUAACUGCUGGUGUUUCUUUUCCACUUGGCAUCGUAUGUGAAACAUUUCUUUUAAAGCAUAUGCCAACUCUUUUCAAAGGGAGCUUUGUUUCAGAUGAUCCAUUAACUGAGGUAUCAUUAUAGAAAUUGGGUCAAAAUUCAACGUAUGAUGCAGAACUCCUUAGUACAGUUUAUUUUUCAUUUUCCUUUCUCCUCCCCUUCAAUGUGUCUUCAAACACAUUCUUCCUCUUCUCAGUGCCAGCGUGAUUUCAGAAGAUUCUGUAACAAGUUCUCAGAGGCCCAUUGUGCAGUAACAGAGAAUUCUGGCAAUGAGCUAGCUGUAGGUUCUGUCCUUGCCUGCUUUCCUGAGUGGAAGGGUGCCCUCAUCCCUCACAAAUGACAGAGUAGGACAAGUGUGGCCGUGGCCUGCAAACUUGCCAAGCACUAGGAACCCAAGCAAGAACUUGUCAUGCCAAUCAAACCUGUUGGGUGGAUAUGUGGGCAGGUGUUGAAGAACUUUUCUGGAAGAAUCGAGGGGAUCCAGAAAAUAAUCAUGGACCUUCUAGAUGAGUUUAAAGACGAAUUCCCUACCAUCCUAAGAUUAUCACGGUCUGAUCAGAAAAGAGAACCCAUGCGAAACCCAUCCAAAAUCAGAAUGGCUGUUGCUCUAGCGAAGAUCAACCGAGGAACAUUAAUUCAAGGAUUAAGCAGCAUAUCCAGAUCUUCCAAAUCAGUGGCCAAACUUCUGCAGCCUCAACUUGCUUGUAGACUUUUAGAAUUAAGGGACAUAUCGCAUCAUUUGCUGAGGGAGCUUAAUGCACAAAAGCAUCCCGUAUGUAACAUGCAGGUCAGAAGGGGUUCUUUGUUUGAAAUCAUUUCUUUUCCAGCAAAGACUGCUUUAACUAGUAUCAUGUAUGCUUCAUAUGCAGCACUAAUUUAUUUGACAGUCUGUGUUAAUGCUGUGCUGGAGAAGGUAAAGAAAAUUUUCCAAGAAGAAAAAUCCAUAAGGCAAAACAGAAAGGAGAGUGAAAAUCUUAGAAAAGCCUUUUCAGAGCCUGUGCUUUCUGAACCUACGUUUGAUGAAGGUGAAAUCAAAGCAAAACCUUACAGGUCAUUACCGGAGAAACCAGACAGUAUUUCAGACUGCCCCAAACUUCUUGCCAAUAAGUUGAGUAACAAGAUCCAGGUUUUACAUUCUGUGUUUGACCAAUGCACUGAAAUGAAUGAAUGAGCAAAUCUGAACAUAAAUAUCACUGAGUGGAGCUUAAGAGCUAUCUAUCUAAUCACAUUUCAACUGACAAAACUAAGAAACUAGUUUUCAUAUACUGAAUGCUCUGCUUUAGAAAAGGGGUAAAGAACUACUAAAAUGUCAUUCUCAAGUACUUAUAUAGUGGAGAAAAUAAAAUGAAUCUUGAUGUAGAA